UAUUUAUGACCACAAGAAAACAUAUAUCUCUCACAUCAUAACACAACACAACACACGACGCGAUACGCCGUUUGAUAUCUUCUUCUUCUUCAUCGUUGUUGUCGUUGUUGUUGUUGCCGAAGACUAGUUGGUCACCAAAUUUAUCACAAUAUCCAUCACCGCUCUCACCGCCCACCCGUUGACCACUCGGUCCAACUAAAUGCUUAUCCGUUAAGUAAGAGAGAGACAGAGAGAGAUAGUUCCGACACCGACACGACCCGCGAAACUGAUAGCUAACUGACCGAUAAAUAAAAACCCGACGGGCAAUCAAACACGAACCAAAUGUAUUGGACGAUUCACUUGGAAGGCGGUCCGAGACGUGUAAAUCACGCGGCCGUUUCCGUCGGGACCAAUGUCUACUCGUUUGGCGGCUACUGUACCGGCGAUAACUAUGGCCACUGUAAGCCAAUCGACUGUCAUAUAUUGGACACGGAGACACUUCGGUGGCGUCCGUGUCUGCCAUCGAGACUAAAGGCCAGACAACAACUGCAACAACAAUCGUUUGCCGAGUUUGAUCCGCACGAGUCUAACAUACCGUUUCAACGCUACGGCCAUACAGUUGUAGUCAAUGGCGAUCUAAUAUAUUUGUGGGGCGGACGUAAUGAUAACUGUGCCGACGAUACCCUAUAUUGUUUCGAUACGGCUAGCGGCGAAUGGCUGGAUAGGCCAAAAGUUAGCGGUCGUAUACCCGGUGCCCGUGACGGACAUACAGCUGUCUCGAUCGACAAUAAGAUGUAUAUAUUUGGCGGUUACGAGGAACUAACUGAACGAUUCUCUAAUGAUAUCUAUGUCCUCGACAUGACUACCUUCGUAUGGAAGUACGUGACAGCCAGCGGUCAGCCGCCGACUUGGCGUGACUUUCAUUCGGCCGUUGCCUACGAAGAUCGUAUGUAUGUAUUCGGCGGCCGUUCAGAUCGUUCGGGACCUAAUCAUUCGCAGCACGAAGUCUACUGCAACGAACUGAUGUAUUUCAAUACGACAACCAAUACGUGGAUCAAACCAUCGGUGACCAAUCAGUCGUCAUCGCAGCCGCCGCCGUGCGGUCGGCGCAGUCAUUCGUCGUUUGUCUACCAGAAUAUGAUCUAUAUUUUUGGCGGUUAUAAUGGUUUAGAUAGACAGCACUUUAACGACUUGUAUCAGUUUGAUCCGCGCCGACAAGUCUGGUCACUGGUCGACGUCCGCGGCCGUCAUCGGCCGUGUGCCCGACGGCGCCAAUGUUGUUGUGUUGUCGGCGAUCGACUCUAUUUAUUUGGCGGCACCAGCCCAUACCCGGCAUCCCUGUGCCAAACCUAUGCAUUACCGCAGAUGAUUGAUGUCAGUCUUCGGGAUCAUUCGGAUCUCUAUGUUCUUGAUUUCAAGCCAACAUUAAAGACGUUAACGAUUUUGGUGGCCAUCGAUAAGGAACUGAUUCGAUCGUAUUUACCAAAGAAUAUACAGUUAGACAUCGAAAUGAUGACCAGAGAUAAUAAUGUUAAUAGAGAUAGAAGUUCACCGAAUCAGGGCUAACAUCCUCGUGAGCUUAGGGAUGGAUGGAUUGAUGGGUGGGUGGGUGUGUAUUGUUAGUUUGAUUUUUAAGAUACUAUGACUAUUACCACUAUUUAUUGAAUUAUUUAAAAAAAAAAAAUUAUAAAUGAUAUAUAAAUAAGUUUUAACUAAUGAGAGCCUUUUAUUUGGAUUGUAUAUUAAAAGUAGUACUGUAUUUAAAAAAUAAAUUAAUAAAUUGUUUGCUAAU